AGGGAAAAGGGGGAGGUGUUCGUGUGUGUGUGUGUGUGUCUGUGUGUGUCUGUGUCUGUGUCUGUGUCUGUCAUGGGAAGCGGGGUCGAGGACCCGAUCCACCUUCUCGCACUCUUUUUUUCUUCUUGGUUUCCUUCCCGGAGCCGGGUGCCUGGAGUAUAACCCAUCUCUGUUCCGCCUCUUCUCUUCCUCCGGCGCAAGCCGAGCUGCCUUAUCUCCCCUCCUUACUAUACUUUACGCCGGGUCCCUUUCCCCCGCAGUUCGCUGGCUCUUUUGUUAAUUUCUCACCGGCCGGGGCUGGAAGGCAGGUGCAGUGUUCGUGGUGAAACAUCUCAGUGUUGGGGUCGAGGGAAGCCCUUGGAAGCACCGAGGUCCGGGUGAGACCCGGCGGCGCCUUUCAAUCAAGAGAUUUGGCUCCAGAGGCUCGGACCUGCGCCUUCCCAGCGCAGUCUCGGGUCCUUUCCUGAGCUUGGGGCGCGGAGAUAGCUUGGGGCUCUGGCUCCGCGCCCGAGCGACAAGUUGCUUCUCUAGUCUUGCGGCGCGGCGCUGUCAUGCCGAGCCCCCGGUGGCCAAACUUGUUGGGUGUUCCCUAGUAACCCGCUGAAGUAGGCUGGGCGCCCGGAGUUCUUGCAACUUUGAUUUGCAAAUCGACUUCCCUUUAAAGCGGUCGGAAGCAUUUCCGGUGCUUCCCCAGGGUUCUGGCGGAGCUCGGAAUUCUUAAUUCCCAGCUGGAAAAUGACCGAGCUCACAGCUCUGACUCCCUGGAGUGCGCCGGCCCCCUCCUCUUUGUGUGCUGUCCUUGCGCUCGCCUGAGAUCGGAAUCUGGGAGACUUCCUGGGUUAGAAAUGUGCCGCCCACUCCGACCCCACAGCCCGGAAUGGUGCAAAAGUUGGACCAAAAACUUCCAGUGGCCAAUGAGUACCUAUUGCUCUCUGGAGGCGUCCGGGAAGGUGUGGUGGACCUGGACUUAGAUGAGCUUAAUGUCUAUGCCCGGGGGACUGACUAUGACAUGGACUUUACCCUUCUGGUGCCAGCCCUUAAGCUACAUGACCGUAAUCAGCCUGUGACACUCGAUAUGCGCCACUCAGCCCUGUGCCACUCUUGGCUGAGCCUUCGGCUCUUUGACGAGGGUACGAUCACUAAAUGGAAGGACUGCUGUACCAUUGUAGAUCACAUCAAUGGUGCCACCAACUACUUCUUCUCCCCAACCAAAGUGGCUGACUGGUUCUAUGAUUCUAUCAGCAUCGUCUUAUCAGAGAUACAGAAGAAACCCCAGCGAGGGAUGCCAAAGGUGGAGAAGGUAGAAAAGAAUGGAACCAUCAUCUCCAUCAUUCUGGGUGUGGGGAGCAGUCGCAUGUUGUACGAUAUUGUCCCUGUGGUGUCUUUCAAAGGUUGGCCCGCAGUGGCCCAGAGCUGGCUCAUGGAGAACCACUUUUGGGAUGGGAAGAUCACUGAGGAAGAGGUCAUUAGUGGGUUUUACCUGGUGCCUGCUUGCUCCUACAAGGGUAAGAAGGACAAUGAAUGGCGGCUGUCCUUUGCCAGGAGCGAGGUGCAGUUGAAGAAAUGCAUCUCUAGCAGCCUCAUGCAGGCCUACCAGGCUUGCAAAGCCAUCAUCAUUAAACUCCUGUCCAGGCCCAAGGCUAUUAGCCCCUAUCACCUGCGGAGCAUGAUGCUCUGGGCCUGUGACAGACUUCCUGCCAACUACUUGGCUCAAGAAGACUAUGCAGCCCACUUCUUGUUGGGCCUCAUCGAUGACCUGCAACACUGUCUGGUCAACAAGAUGUGCCCCAAUUAUUUCAUCCCUCAGUGCAACAUGCUGGAGCACCUCUCGGAGGAGACAGUCAUGCUCCAUGCCCGGAAGCUCUCCUCCGUCCGCUCGGACCCCGCAGAGCACUUGCGCACCGCCAUCGAGCACGUCAAGGCAGCCAACCGGCUGACGCUGGAGCUCCAGAGGCGGGGCAGCACCACCAGCAUCCCCUCCCCGCAGUCCGACGGAGGGGACCCCAACCAGCCUGAUGACCGUUUGGCCAAAAAACUGCAGCAGCUAGUGACUGAGAACCCGGGGAAGUCCAUCUCUGUUUUUAUUAACCCCGAUGAUGUCACGAGGCCCCAUUUCAGAAUCGAUGAUAAAUUUUUUUGAGCAUUUUGCUGACUUUGUUUUGUUUCCUGAUUCUAAAACUCUCAUAAUGUGUUGUGCGGUUUGUGAUGCUGUCUUUUCGUUUUUUACAUAUCCAGCCGAGAUUGGAUCUGUUAAGAACACAUUUUAAGUCUCCUGUUUCUGCAGGAUGGUGCAGGCUCUGAAACAGUAUAUUACUAUUUCAUAUUCUGCCUCCGUUUUUGUUGUUUACUUUUUAUAGUUAUUGUCACAUAGUUCGUUUUUGUUUUUUAAGAACUUGAGCCAUAGGUGAAAAUGCCCAUGAAUUUUCUUGCUUUUUUCUGUUUUGUACUUUGUACAAAUUUGUUAAUAGGGAUGGGGAAACAAUCUUUUUCUGACAUAAGGAUUCUAUUUUUUGUUUCGGUUGUCUUUUUUUUUUUUUUCACUACAGAUAUUCGAGAAUCAUCUGAACCUGGGAGCUACCUGGCGUGUUAGCUGGAUUGAAUUCUUUUGACCAGUGGCCAGAGUAGUUUUCCCUUUUCCACUAAACAAGGUAGACUUUGAAAGUGAUAAUACUACAAAUUGUGUUUUGGAGCAACUUCAUUGAAUGUAAUUGUCCUCAGAUCAGAACUUUGGAUGGUUUGGAGGGUGUGUUUGACAACUUUCCAAACAGAAUUAAGGUUUCCAAGUGGUAGUUUUCGUGUGUGUUAAUUAUUUGAAGCCUUAUUUAAAUCCUGUUAAAGAACAUACCAUUAUAAUUGUUAUUUGCACUAAUGAAAUCUUUGCCAUUGUCAGAGUUCCAGUGUGUGUAUUUCAAUAUAAAUUGACAUCCACUGUUAAUGCUGUCAUCUUUUCAUUUCUCUCAAUCAGUAGAAGGAUUCUUUACAUUCGUUUAGUUUUCCUUUAAUUUGGGGUCCCGUUUUGCCCUUGGUAUUCACUGAGAGAAAUUUUUAAAGCUUUAUACCUGCCAAGUGACUUUAUCUGAAGCUGGAUUGAAUAGGAGUUUUUGUAUGUAUUUCUUUUGGCUUAGAGAGCUAAGCUUUUUUGUAAGGUCUCUGCUUCUGCUGAGAGUUUUAAAGAAAACUGGCAGGAAGGAUUCAUAAUCCCCAAGUAGAAGAUGCCACUAUGCCUGUUCAAAAUCAGCAGAUUUUGCUAUUGAGUGGGAACCAGGACAUGUCUGUGGGGUGGAAACCUAGGUGUUGAGGUGUCCUGUCUUCAUGAAUGAAGUGACUUGCCAGGCUUAGGUGCCACAAAGCAUUAGCUCCCUGUUUUGGUAUGGACUUGUGGCAGCCUGGUGUUUGAGAGGGCAGGGGUCUGCUGAUUUUUCAAAGGAUAACCAUGAUGUCUACUACUGGGAAGAUCAAGCAACGUUUUGGUUUCGAUCUCGAAUGUCCAGACUUUCUGGUUCAAUUUUGGCCAUUUGAAAUCAGGCAUAUGCAGUCUUGGGUGUUUGCAUGGGAAUUAAUGUAAUGCUUAUAAAUGAAAAUGAAAUCAUUCAACCAUCUUAAGUCAAACACAAAACUAAUAAUAAAAGAAACAUACUGGCAUUGGAA